UCAAAAAAGAAAAGAAACUACGGAGUAUGAUAACAAUAAAAUAAAGAAAGAAAAGUUAUUAUCCUUAAUGAGUUUGAGACUGUGGAUAAGGAUAAUUACAAAUGGAUGGCUGGCAAUGGAGGAGAGAAGAGGAGAGAAGAUCGAUCCUGGAAAACUAACCACUAGUAAAUAAAUAAAUAAAUAAAUGUAUAAAGCUCCAAAGUAAAUUACAGACAAAGAAGAAAAAGAAAUGGAAGCACUGUUCUCCUCUCAGUGUCUCCUUCCUCCUCCCCUUCCAGCAGCUCCUGGCCACAGAGAAAGAAGAAACAGAGGUUUUCUGCGACAGAGAAGAAAGUACUCACCCACUGAUGAUGAUGACGUUUCUCUCGCAUUGCCAUUGCCAAUGGAGAUGAAGGCCUGGGUUUACGCAGAGUACGGAGGCGUGGAGAAGAUGAAGCUCGAAGAGAACAUCGGGGUUCCAGAGAUCCGAUAUGAUGAAGAUGAUGUGCUCAUCAGAGUUCGCGCCGCCGCUCUCAAUCCCGUCGAUUUCAAGCGCCGGGAAGGCAAGUUCCGGGCCUCCGAUUCCCCUCUCCCCACGGUGCCGGGGUAUGACGUUGCCGGAGUAGUGGCCGGAGUCGGCAGCGGAGUGAAGGGGCUGAAACGGGACGAUGAAGUUUACGGGAACAUAAACGAGAGCCCGCUGGAGGGGCCGAAGCAGUACGGGUCCUUGGCUCAGUACACUGUGGCAGAGGAGAAGCUCUUGGCUUUGAAGCCAAAGAAUCUCACUUUUGCACAGGCCGCUUCUCUCCCUCUCGCUUUGGAGACCGCCUACGAGGGCCUCCAAAGGGCCCGGUUCUCCUCCGGGAUGUCUAUACUCGUCUUGGGCGGGGCCGGAGGAGUUGGGUCUCUCGUGAUUCAGCUGGCAAAGAAUGUAUUUGGAGCAUCAAAGGUGGCAGCUACAUCAAGCACACCAAAACUGGAGCUGCUGAAAAGCUUAGGUGCUGAUUUGGCUAUUGAUUACACCAAGUCAAACUUCGAAGAUCUGCUAGACAAGUUUGAUGUUGUCUAUGAUGCAGUUGGGCAGGGGGAUAGGGCAGUUAAGGCGGUAAAGAGCGGAGGGAGCGUGGUGGUACUAACCGGUGCGGUCACGCCUCCCGGGUUCAGGUUCGUCGUGACCUCAAAAGGAGAAGUGCUGACUAGGCUCGCCCCGUUCCUAGAAAGUGGGAAGGUGAAGCCAGUGAUAGACCCCAAAGGUCCAUUCCCAUUUGACAAAGUUGCAGAAGCAUUUUCUUACCUCCAAACUGGCCAUGCUACAGGCAAAGUUGUCAUAUAUCCCAUUCCAUGACAAGUAGUGUAUACAUACAAUAUGACUCUAUGAGGAGGAAUAACAAAGAAACCUGUAAAAAUUAUAUUCCAUGUCUAUAUUAUAAUGUAACACUUUAGUUCUUAGCAGAUCUUACACAAGUGUCUGCAAAGAAAAACUUGUGGCAAAAACCCAAAAGUUUAGAGAUCCAUUCGCAAAGUCAUGAUGUCCACCUUUGAGGGAAAGAGUUUUCUUUGCCACAGCUUUUCUCACAAAAGGGUAUGUAUGUAAAUUCACAAAUGCAUUCACAACCUCCUGUGAAAUCACAAAAGAUAUCUUAAAAUCU